UCAAUCAGUGCAUCAAUGAUUCUGUAUUUUAGGUCAGAGAAUCUCAAAAAGUCUCGUUUGCUUGUUACUUGAUCCUGACUCCCAUGAAGUCUCUACCGCGACUUCCUCUCGUAGCUGCUCAUGGCUGCCUAAAUUAUCUCUCAACUUCCUCCCGUCUGAUAAAAUGAAAUCGAGCAUUCUUGAAUCUCACGCCUCGCGAGUUCCCACUCGACAGUGCCCAUCGUGUCAUCCAUUUAUCUAUACAUAAGCCCAUGGGAUAGGACUUGAUCAUUCUACGAACUCAUGCCCACCCGAAACGACAGUCUAACCCGCGCACAUCUCACAAGAUGAGUCCUAGUCGAAAAGAGCAGACUAGGCCAAGGACCCUAUUUGGCUUCUGGACCUCGACUCGGGCUACCAGCAGCACUGGUGGCGAUUCUCCUCCCUCGGUCACUGACUCGACAACGGUUUCAGAUGGGCCGGGCCCCGAGGAGACUCUGGAAAGACUGAGUAGGGCCAGCAGAGUGUCGUCGAGGCUGAGAGGAAGCGGUUCAAAGGUGCUUUCUUUCUUUAGGAUUGUCGGGUCAAGUGGCACUCCUCCGCAGUCAGCCAGUGCUGUGACUGCCGACACUGUCAACCAUCAUUUAGAACCACCAUAUCCAUUUAUAUGUCAAGAUACCGAGUGUUGCAACGCAGAGGCUGGGGCUCACAAGAAUCAUCAUACAAACGCCUCUCAGCAGAUCUCAGGGCGCCCCUGCGUGCCGAUAGUGUCUUUGCGUGGCAGAUCCAAGACAAGGGACAAGGUCCAUACCAUGCCUUGUUCGACAAGUGUGUCAGAGAAUGCAAAGCCCGAUACUGUCGUUCGACCCAGACAUUCAAGUCCAAGUCUCCAUCGUCUGUUGUCGCGGAAAUUGUCCACAAAUAUUGCGCCACAGACCGUCAUUCAUCGUGUGAAUCUUCGGCAGAGACCGAGUAUUCGCGCUAUCCAACCCCAAAGCGCUUUGGAUCCUCCGUACAAGCAAGGAGAUAGUACAACUGAUAGCUUGGAUUCUUUUUCCUACGGCAGUGACAGCUUGCCUCUGAGAACAAGGUCCACCCCUCCAACCUCCGAGGAGCCGUCGGCAACCCAAAACAGCUUUAAAGGCUUACCAGAUGUCACCCUCGCCGGUAAGAGUCAGGACAAGGUCCUCUCUCCAACCGCUCGCCUGCCUUCCAAGGCAGAUCAGGCAUUGUCAAAGCCCGCUCCGUCGAUUGUCACUGUCGAGGCUGCCGCGGCUGCAAAAAUUUACUUCGAGACUCACUUCCAUUCCAUCUUUAUCAGUGAAGGCCCACGAGAACGGCGACUGCGUGAACUGGAAAGGUAUCUUCAUUCGUUAUCUCUUCCAACUGAAGAGAAACUCGGUAUCAGAAAUAGCUGGAUCGCUCAAGAAAAGAACUAUUCUCGCCAAUGUCGAGUAUUAAAGACCCGAUCGAAUCGGUGUUCUCGUGAUGAAAUCGUCUCACUGGCGGGCUAUGAGGUGAUCAAAGUAUUGGGAAGAGGAAGCUUCGGCGUUGUCCGUUUGGUGAGGGAGAAGCGAAAAGACGACGAGCCAGCAAUUCCCAAAGAACAACAGCCUUCAUCUACCGCGCGAGCCAAGAGUUUCAAGGCGAGUGCAUUGGAGACGAUCCGUUCAGCGGUCGACGGACGCAGGUACGCCCGGCGACGAGUCAUGACUCCUACAACGGCGAACCCGGUAUUUGCCAUGAAGGUCAUUCGUAAAUCCGAAAUGGUUCGAAGCUGCCAAGAAGGACAUCUCCGAGCUGAGAGAAAUUUCCUAGUAGCGUCUGCAAACUCCCGCUGGAUCAUUCCACUUGUUGCAAGUUUCCAAGAUGCGCAUCAUCUGUAUCUUCUCAUGGAUUACAUGGUGGGUGGUGACUUUCUCGGCCUGUUGAUCCGCAAAAACGUCCUGUCGGAGGAGGUCACAAAAUGGUACAUUGCAGAGAUGAUCUUGUGUGUUGAAGAGGCGCAUCGGCUGUGUUGGAUCCAUCGGGAUGUGAAGCCUGAUAAUUUUCUCAUCUCCGCGUCUGGCCACUUGAAGAUUGCAGAUUUCGGUUUGGCGUUCGAUGGCCACUGGGCGCAUGAUCAAGCCUACUAUCACAACCAUAGAUACUCCUUGCUCAAGAGGCUCGGUAUCACCGUCGAAGGCGAUGAAAAGGACAAGGAAGAUGCAGCGGGAAACUAUGGAAACAACUCAGCGGCAAACAUGGCUAGUCAUAGUAACCAGAGGCAGAGGGCAGAGCAGGUCCCUGGCGUCCAACCCCCUUCAGCUAAUGUUCUGGCGUGGCGUGAUAGGCACGAACGAAGAAUAUAUGCAAGGAGCAUCGUUGGCACAAGCCAAUACAUGGCUCCCGAGGUUAUCUCAGGGUCUAUAUAUGACGGUCGAUGUGACUGGUGGAGUAUAGGCAUCAUUCUUUACGAGUGUCUAUACGGAUUUACGCCGUUCGCCUGUGAGAACCGGGAUGAAACAAAGCGGAAGAUUUUGCAUCACCUAGAAACGUUGCACUUCCCAAGCCAAAGUCCCUCUGAUCGACUGGUGUCGACAACAGCGAUCGACCUGAUCAAUCGUAUCCUAACAAGCAAGGAACGCCGUCUAUGCUGCGGUAAUUAUCGAAUCAAUGACAUCCUGAACUCUCCAGCAGCAAGGCAUCUUCUCUGUCAAGAUCAACGGAACAGAAACUAUCAAGGCUAUUUCGUAUAUCCUGAUGACGCAAUUGAGAUUAAAUCUCAUCCAUUCUUCAGGGGGAUUCGCUGGGACAUCCUUCAUCUUCAGAGACCACCUCUCAUGCCAAGGGUUCGAGGCUGGGAAGAUACUCGAUACUUUGAAGGCAGUGCAUGUCUCAACGGAGACGAAGACGAUGACACCGAAUCUACUUCCAGUGAAAACACAGAAUGUAUCGGUCAACAAAGAGUAUCUGAGCCUACGAGCCAUCGCACAAGUGAACUUGCUCGAGAUCUCAAACCGCAUAACGAGAACGAACUAGGUAGUAGUGCUGUACCGGAGGUUGAUGACCCGGAUUUCUUUUCGCCACUGGCAGGCUGCAAGAGGACAGCGGACCAUUCUGAGCCACCUCAGAAGAAACGCAAAAAGAGGCAGAAAACGAGGGUUCGACCCAGAGACAAGAUCUUGCGAGACAAGGGGGUGGGCAAACGGGUUUUAGAGAUGCGCAAAAAAGACGCCUUCUGGGGGUAUACCUAUCGCCGGCCAAACCCCAUUCACACUCUUUUCAACGAUGAGCGAGGGCGGCCGUUGUUCCCUAGGACACCGAUUGCAGAGCUGUAUGGUUACUAGGAGUUCCCUGACGACCAGGGCUUGUCGACCCCUUUUCCCUCCCAGCUUCCACUGCUGUGCAUCUUGGUGCAUGAGCCAAUGGUUAUAGGGAUUCGUAUC